AUGACUUCCGAGGAGGAUCUUGCCUGGUUCCAGUCCACCUUCAGGCCUAUUCCUAAGCCAGAGCUUCCCGACGACGCGGUCGAAUACGCCAUUUUCCACAUUCCGUCUUCCCCCGCCCCCGCCGUUAUCGAUGAAGCCGCCGAGACUCGCGCGCGCUUGCUCGAGGUACAACGGACUGCAGCGGAGCUAACCAAGGAUCUGCUCAAGGAUUACAUUUGGCAACGAGAAGCUUUCCGAUUGGAAAUCGCAAAGGAAGAUGGUAUCACCUUGCUACAGGGUCGCACCAACUAUGGCGAUUCCAUUGAAGACGAAUGGGUCAUUGUAUACUUCCUCCGGGAGUUGACCAAGCGGCAUAAAGACAUUUGGGUGAAAGUCAUGGACAGCGACGGCGAGUUCCUUCUCAUCGAAGCCGCAGGAACACUCCCCGCAUGGAUAGAGCCAGACGUUGCCGAUAACCGGGUUUGGAUCAACCAGGGAGACCUCCGAAUUAUCAAGCCGAAACAAGAGACCAAAAGACAAGUCACCGAGAAGAUCUCCCUCCCAGAAGCACGAAAGAUCCUCCGUGACGAGCCUGGUCGUCUACUUCGCUCGACAAUCAUCCAAGAAGAGGCCUUCUUCCGUCUACGCAAAUACCCUCAGCAGAUAAGCGAAAACCUUCACUCUGCAGUCAUCACAAUUCCCCGCAAGGUCGCUUUCCUCCUGCACCAAAAGCCAGCUUACAUUUCGCCCGCCGUGGAGGCAUUCUACGUCCGCGAUCCAAUCGCACUACGGCCGCUAAAAGCGAAGGAUGCCUCCGGUCUGACCUUCAAGCCCGAUGACCUGGUCAACGUCAGCGUUCGCUUUACUCGCGUCGGAUAUGCGCAACUCAAAAGCCAGGAAUUCCCUGUUCCGAGCACAUGGGCGGGCAAAUUGCCCGAGCCCGAAGACCAAAAGUCGUAUGACCGCGCAGAAGCAGGAAUGAAACUCGCUUGUGGUAUGGAGAUGCUGCUUGCUGAUCCCCAGAACCAGGAUAAGGCCGUGGUCAGGGAAAUGAAGCUGCUUCUUGAAGAUGUGGAGACGGGGGAUGAAACCCUUCCCACUGAUAAAGAGAUCCAGGAAACCUGGGAUAAGCGCGAAGAUGAUGAAAAAUGGCUCGAUAUCAACUUCGAAGACUUGGAGACUGAACUGAAGGGUAAAACCUCGGGCAAACAAGCCGAAGCCGGCGAUUUUGGAGACUCCGGUGCUCAGGAAAAUCUCCAGCGCAUCGUGGCCCGCUUUGAGGAGUUCUUGAACGACAACUCAGCGGGCUAUGAGGGAGCUGAUUUCAUUGAUGACUUUGAAUCAGAUUCUGAUGUUGAUGAUGACGAUGAGGAAGAAGAGGAAGACAGUGAAGGCGAGGAUAAAGACGCCUCGUUUAACGAAGAAGAAUUCGCCAGAAUGAUGGAGGAAAUGAUGGGCAUGCCAUCUUCAUCAGACUCCAUCCGCAAGCGAGUGCAGGAGCUGGACUCCGAUGGAGAGGAUGACACAGAACAGAUCAAAGAACUCAGUCGUCGGAUGGAAGCUGAAUUGCAAGGCACCGGCGUCCUCGACCUCAAGCAACGUCAACACAACCUCACAUCCGAUGGAUCAGGUGAAUCCAAAGGCAAGACCGCUAGCAAGUCGAAGCCUGAUGACGAGGACGAUGAAGACGACAAUAUCAACAUCAACCUCGCGAAGAAUUUGCUGGAGAGUCUCCAAGGCCAGGGAGGUAUUUCCGGCCCAGCGGGUAACAUGUUAUCCAUGAUGAAUAUGCGCAUGCCCAAGGAUGAUCGAGCUUGA